GAGAUGUUAUCCUGAGACAUGCUAGUUGCUGAAUGCUGAUACAUCAUACUGGUCAGAGUCGAGAGAAGCCUGUGCCAGUUCUGAUCUUCUGCUGCAUGUUUCUGGGCGCUAGUAAUUCGUAAAUUUGCAUCAGCUACUGACUUUAUAAUCAAAGAGCCUAUGGUCAUGAAGCCUCGCGACCCAGCCGCGGCCGCCGCUGGGUAAGAGCGCCGCCGCCCCGAUCUCCCUGCUCCGGCCACUCCCGCUUCGGCCGAGAUCAGAUCCGGGUGCUCCUCCACGCUCUCUGUCCUUUCUCCCACUAGCCUCGCGCCUCGGCCAGCGGAGUCGAGACUGCCGAGCUCAUCUCCCCGCCAAGCUCGCCGCCAUGUGCUCCCACGACCGUGUCCCCUCUGUCCAGCCCUCUCCAGCGGAUGGCUCCAGGGCCGCUGCCGCCGUAUCUCGCCCGCGGCGGCCUCCCCCUGCUGGGAGAUUUCGGAAGGAGAAUGGAGGUGUGCUGGCCUCGUGCUCGGCCAUCCCCAUGGCUAUGGCGGCGGUCGCCCCGGGCAAGGCAUCGUCCCCGUCCUCUGCUACCGUGAGUCCAGCGCCUUGCGUGCCGCCGCUGCCUCCGUUGAGCCGGUCCACUCAAGUUUCUGGAGGUGCUGUGCAAGUGCCGGCUGCUAUGGCUCUGCCCGCAAUGAUGCCGGUGCUGUGGGCCGCUGCCGCUGUGGGUGAGGAAGAAGAUGAUGAGGAAGAGCUGGAUCCCCAGACCCCGCCUCCCGUGCCGGUUGCCACGACUCUGCCUGCAGCACAUCCGGUACUGUGGGUCGCUGCCGCUAUGGGCGAGGUUGAAGUUGAAGACCAAGGCGUAGAAGAGCUGGCUCCCCAGAUCCCGCCGCUUGCUUCGACUCUGCAAGCGACCGCUGCUGCUCCGGAGCCUACUUCGUGGGCUUCCGCUGAUAACGACGAUGAGGAUGAAGAUGAAGAGGAGUUGGCCCCCCGGACACCACCGUCGGCUGCCCCCAUGACCUGCGCUGCACCUGAUGUCGUCGGAGGCAAUGUGGUGGUGGUGGCCUCGCCGAUGCUCUUGGCUGCCCCCAAUGGCCUUGUUUCCUGUGGGUUUGCCGAGGCCUUCGAUGCAGCCGAUGCCGUGGAUGUCGAGGAUGAGCUUGCUCUCGAGACGAUGCCGGCCACCAAGACCUUCAUCGAUGCUGCUCCUAUUGUCGAGGAGCGUGAGCGUGAUGGCUGGCACGAGGUGAUGCCGAGGCGUGGCCCACGCCGCUCGACUCUGCCAGCCCCGCCAGUUGCUCGUCGUCCUGUCCCUGCUUGGCUCAAGGGAAGAUGUUGCAGAUGCCUGGUUCUUGGUCACCGUGCUGCUGUUUGCUGUGAUCCCUUCAGGUGCUCUAGAUGCCUUGAGAAUGGUCAUCGGGCCUGUGACUGCCGUAACGCUUGGCGUCCUAUCAGCUCGUUGGCAGGACCUACCGUGUUGUCGCCCCGCCAAGAACAUGCUCCUCUCCGUGCCCAGGAGGAGGGAUCCAUGACGGUUUCGACCACCAGGAAGACCAGGGACCCCUACAUUGUUGUCAAGGCCCGGGACAUCACCAAACUCUUGGCCCGGAGUGUCCCUGCACCUCAGGCCCUUAAAUUACUCAGUGACGAUGAUAUAAGCUGCGACAUUAUCAAGAUCGGUAAUAUCAUACGGAAUAGGAAAAGAUUUGCUCUAAGGAGAAGUCGCAUUUUAGGGCCUAAUAUGUCUACCCUUCAGGCCAUAGAGGAUUUUACUGGCUGCUACAUCUUGGUUCAGGGAAGUACUGUUUCUGCCAUGGGUUCCUUCGUUGGGCUGAAACAUGUCCGGAAAAUUGCUGAAGCAUGCAUAAAGAACACAAAGGAUCCGAUUUCUCAGAUCCAGGAACUCCGAACCAAACUUGAGCUGGCUAAAAAAUAUGAACUGGCAAUGGAAUAGUGGCACUGGUUUGUAGCAACGUAUGGUCGGAUGCCAAGCAGUGUGGUGCGAGCAAUGGUGAAUUGCAUACCAAGAAAAAGCACAAAUCGUCCAAACCGAAGUGGCCGCAAUCUGGAUGAACAACGUCAGUGGCUUGCUGGCAGAUCGUUUGUACUUUCUGAGUUAGUCGAACCAUUAUCACUGAGGGCGGGUUGUACCUUUCAAUUGGUCAAGCAUUGACCUUUUCUGUGGGUUGGCCUGUUCCUGGUAGAAUUGUUUCUGUGCAUCGUUGGUAGACAUAAGGAACAUGAACAAUUUUCUUCACCAUGUGUUAAUGUGUUGCAUUUUAUGUUCUUUGUGAAAAAGACUGUCCUAAAGUAUCUCGGUAUCCCCCUAUACCUGAUAAACUUGGCCGCUACUUGGAUGGCCUGGAAGGCCUUUCAGCAGCAUUCCAUUUCGGCAUGGAAGCUGGAAAGGUGAUGAAGCCCGGUCUUGGGUGAUGCAUCCUAAUUUCAAUCCAUCUUACCUCUAUAGUCACGUUGGUAACUCCAUGUGUAUAAAAUCGUUUUCCUUA